GUGAGUUUCCUCGCGCUGUGAGAGGGAGCUUACAGCUUAAGCUCUUAAAGUUCUUUAAAAUAUUAAAGCAAUAAUUUCUUUAAAAUAAUUUAAAAUUGUUUCUAUUACGACAGGUUGUGAGUUUUGUAUCUGAUCCGAUCCGGAUAAUCAGCCGCCAUGCCGCCGGUGCAGCUCUCUCAGCCGGAGGCUAACAACAAGGCCGAUGAGCAGAAAGAGGAAACUCCGGCCACCAAACCCAUCGUAGGGAUCAUCUACCCUCCUCCUGAAGUGCGCAACAUUGUGGACAAGACCGCCAGCUUCGUAGCCAGGAACGGACCCGAGUUCGAGGCCAGGAUCCGUCAGAACGAGAUCAACAACCCCAAGUUCAACUUCCUGAACCCCAGCGAUCCGUACCAUGCCUACUACCGCCACAAGGUCAACGAGUUCAAAGAGGGCAAAGGUCAGGAGCCGUCCGCCGCCGUGCCCAAGGUCAUGCAGCAGCAGGCGAUGCAGCAGGCUCAGCAGCAGCUCCCGCAGAAGGUGCAGGCGCAGGUCAUCCAUGAGACUAUCGUUCCCAAGGAGCCUCCGCCCGAGUUCGAGUUCAUGGCCGACCCGCCCUCCAUCUCGGCCUUCGACCUGGACGUGGUCAAGCUGACGGCUCAGUUCGUGGCUCGUAACGGACGUCAGUUCCUCACGCAGCUCAUGCAGAAGGAGCAGAGGAACUACCAGUUCGACUUCCUGCGGCCUCAGCACAGCCUCUUCAACUACUUCACCAAACUGGUGGAACAGUACACCAAGAUUCUGAUUCCUCCGAAAGGCCUGCUGCAGAAACUCAAGCGUGAAGCGGAGAAUCCCCGAGAGGUCCUCGAUCAGGUGAAGUACAGAGUGGAGUGGGCCAAGUACCAGGAGCGAGAGAGGAAGAAGGAGGAGGAGGAGAGGGAGAAGGAGCGCGUGGCGUACGCUCAGAUCGACUGGCACGACUUCGUCGUCGUGGAAACGGUCGACUUCCAGCCCAACGAGCAAGGGAACUUCCCUCCCCCCACCACCCCGGAGGAGCUGGGAGCGCGCAUCCUGAUCCAGGAGCGCUAUGAGAAGUACGGAGAGAGCGAGGAGGUGGAGAUGGAGGUGGAGAGCGAGGACGAGGAGGACGAGAGGGGGACCAGGGACGAUGGACACGCGGCUCAGCCAGACCAGGACACACAGCUGCAGGACAUGGACGAGGGUUCGGAUGAAGACGAGGAUUCGAUGAAGGCUCCACUUCCUCCUGAGAAUCCCAUGCCCCCUCCUCUGCCCCCCACCCCCGACCAGGUCAUCAUCCGUAAAGACUACGACCCCAAGGCUUCUAAGACUCAGAUUAUCAUUCCUCCCGGUGACGAGUUCCUCAUCUCCCCGAUCACGGGUGAGAAGAUCCCAGCCAGUAAGAUGCAGGAGCACAUGCGCAUCGGGCUCCUGGACCCGCGCUGGCUGGAGCAGCGAGACCGCAACCUGCGAGAGCGACAGAUCGAGGAGGAGGUGUACGCUCCCGGCCUGGACAUCGAGAGCAGCCUGAAGCAGCUGGCCGAGAGAAGAACCGAUAUCUUCGGUGUGGAGGAGACAGCCAUCGGUAAGAAGAUCGGAGAGGAGGAGAUCCAGAAACCCGAGGAGAAGGUGACGUGGGACGGUCACUCGGGCAGCAUGGCGCGGACGCAGCAGGCCGCUCAGGCCAACAUCACGCUGCAGGAGCAGAUCGAAGCCAUCCACAAGGCUAAAGGUCUGGUGCAGGAGGACGAGAACAAGGAGAAGAUCGGACCCAGCAAACCCAACGAGAACGCGCCCCCGCCCCUGCCCACCGCCGUGCCCACCCUGCCCAAGCCCAGCCCACCCAUCAACACCAUCCCCAGACUGCCACAUGCCGUUCCUCCCCCGGUGCGCACCACCCUGCUCUCCGCCGUGCCCGUGAUCCCGAGGCCCCCCAUGGCCCCCGUGGUGCGUUUGGCCCCUGGUCCGGUCUUAGCCCCGAUGCCCCCUAUGGUGCACGCUCCUCGGAUCAACGUGGUGCAGAUGCCCCCGUCCGCGCCCCCCAUCAUGGCGCCCCGCCCUCCACCCAUGGUGGUUCCUACAGUAGGGUUCGUACCUGCCCCCCCGGUGCCCCAGCCGCCCAGCUCUGCCCCCGCCCCCAUGCCUCCCGCCCACCCUCCUGCCCCACACGAGGACGAGCCGGUGAGCAAGAAGAUGAAGACAGAGGACAACCUGAUCCCAGAGGAGGAGUUCCUGCGCAGAAACAAGGGUCCUGUGGCAGUAAAGGUCCAGGUUCCCAACAUGCAGGACAAGACAGAAUGGAAGCUGAGUGGACAGGUGCUGACCUUCACACUGCCGCUCACAGACCAGGUGUCUGUUAUAAAGGUAAAGAUCCACGAGGCCACCGGGAUGCCGGCCGGAAAACAGAAACUUCAGUACGAGGGGAUCUUCAUCAAGGAUUCGAACUCUCUGGCCUACUACAACAUGAACAACGGCUCUGUGAUUCACCUGGCCCUGAAGGAGAGAGGAGGGAGGAAGAAAUAGAAUUCUCUCAAACACAUCUGUGUGCUCUCUCUUUCUCAUUAGUAUGUGUAGCUGUAAGCAUGCACGUUUGUGU